UCUUUAGAUAUGAGCAGUUUGUGCCGUGUACAUUAUUAUCCUUUCAGGUGACUAUCAUGGCAAUGUUUUAGUCUGAGGUGCAUUUUUUAAGGUGCCAGCAAAAUUUCUUUUCAGGCAGGUGACCUUCCUGCCUUUGCCUUCAGUAGUCCAUGCAUGCUGAAAUCCUUGAGUGCCUGCUAGCUUGGAAUCGUAAGUGGGAUUGCAGCAUCACAGAAAAAGUAUUGCCAAGGUAGGCUCCCUUCCAUGCAGAGCUGGAGUUGUAAAAUGGUCAGGGAAUGGAGGAAUGAGGUACGUUAGCGGGUGCAGACAGAGCUGAAAUAGGUGAGUUCUACACAGAAGAUCCUGGUACAAGGAUAUACCAUCAUCUCACUGUCUUUCGUUUGCCCCCUCUUAGGCUAUGCAGUGGAGAAAAAAAUGGCCAAAGGCAAAGUGGGGGAAAAAGUUGGCCUGCCUUGUUGUCAUGAAAUACCCAGCACAGAAAGCCUACGUAACUACCGGGUCUACUGGCAGAAGAACACCACGGAGGUAGUGCUUGCAUACGCAGAGGGGAAGAAGAUCUCAGAAAACGAGCGGUAUAAGAAUCGGACUGAGCUCAACAUGACGAAUCUCACCCUGUGGAUCUCCCCCGUGGAAAUAUUGGACAAUGGCCCCUACCAGUGUGUAGUUCAGCACCUCAAAGUUUUGCAGAACUCAGUUGCACCUCGCAUUGUGUGUGAUGAGCCCGUGACCCUCUUCAUUACAGCUGACUUCAGUGAGCCCAACAUAACAGCAGAAGUACGCACUAGUUCUUGUGAAUCAGAUGAGGUGGUGGUAAGAUGUUCUUCUCAUGGAGGUUUCCCAAAACCCAAAAUCUCUGGAGCCCUCAACAAUGAGUCCGUGGUGUGGAAUGCCACCUGGGUGUCUGAGGCCGGCAUCAGCCCAUACAACGUCACUGGCAACCUGCGGCUCAACGUGACUGAAGACACCAGCCUCACUUGCUCCAUUGAGUACAAUGGCUUUGCCAAGUCCACUAGCUUGCUUCUGAAAAAAAGAAGUGAUUGCGUUCUUCCUACUAUACCUCCAUCUUACAAUGUCAUUACUGCUUCAAGUAUCAUCAUUAUUGUCUUCCUUUUGGCUGUCACCUUAGCAGCAAGAUUCCUCCCAAGGCAUGUCUGUUCUCACUGUUGUAUGUCUCAAAAUUCAGAGGAAGAAGAUGUGAAAGAAAGUAUGAAGACAGCUGAAAUUUCUAAAGUGACAUCUGAAACGUCAUCUGUAUAACCAGACCAUAUUUGCAGGUUUCCUAUCCUGUAUAUUCUGCACCGCAGUCCCCCCUGUUCUCUACAGCAAUGCUUAUUGCAGUGACCCUUUGGCUCUCUGAGAGGGGAUGAGAGCAGGAAGAAAAAAAAUCUGCUCAAGACGACUGACAAGAUUAUCUUGCGUGAAUGAACUGAAAAGCCCACCUAUGCCACAGAAGCUGUGGGGUGGUCACAUUACAACGCAGUCGCUGGAACUGCACCCUGAAGGACGCUCCAAAUUCCUAGAGCAGCGUACAAGAAGAAUGUUGUCAGCAUAGCACCGUUCCAGUAUACCAAGUCCAGAGUUUGGGACACUUUGGCUUUGAUGCUGCCUCUGUGAUAAUCAGGGGGCCUGUAGAGCUCUAGCAGGUAGCUCAUGUCCACCUUCCCCUUCAGUAAUGUGGGGCUGGCCUUUGGGAGACACCCAAACCCCAAUGCAGACUCUCAAGGCAGGCUGUGCCUCCACGUUGUAACUGGGAGCAGCUAAAACGUCUUUUAUACUCAGCCUGGCACUGAUAGCUGCCAGUUCUGUUCUUUGGGCUGGAGGAGUUUGGAUUUGGAUUUGACCAUUACGGAUAUGUGUCCCUUCUCCCCUAAAGAGGCAAUAAUGCAGCCACUUUUUAGGAAAAAGCAUCUCAAGAUGGCAAUGUACACCUCACACUUAUUUUCAGUGCUGUGAGACUUUUUUUUUUUUUUUAAAUGAUACAAACUGACAGCACAGCUAACUAAUGUUGCUUGCCUACAGAGGUGGCACAAGUUCUCACAACCUUUUCCUCCUGAAAGGAUGGCCUCACCAACCCAGGUACCAAGACACUGCUCCUCCAUUAACUUCCUCAGAGAUGCAGGAGCACAUCUGACACAGUCCAACCCACUGGUGACAGUGCAUGGUGAGCGCAUGCACGUAUGCGCACACACACCUACACGAGCUUUUAUAUGCGUUUCUUCCUAUCUGCACUUGUAAAGCCCCGUAACACUCAGUGCUUAUCUUACAUAUAUCUAAUAUGAUGAAAUGUAACUCAGGGCCUUGCUCCGUAAAAUAUAGGUCUGCUUUUAUUUGUACAUUUGUCUAGAAAUAUUUGUUAGGGUUGGUUCUCUCGUUUUCUCUCAUAGCAACAUACAGAGUUACUUUGCUUUGAAUGCUGCUGUUUCUCAGUGGUCUCUGUACCCAGCCAGGACUUGAAGGUAGUUCCCUGCAGGAUGCUAAUAUUGGCUAAGAUUCAUCUGAUCUGGGUGAUAUUCUUGCCUACUGUGUAGGAAAAAAUGGUUUCUCAUUUUGAGGUGAAAAGAAGAAAAAACCCCAACCCCAACAAGCUUCCUGAGCAACUAUACAGGCUAAACUAAUUCAGCCCUGCCCUGAGUAUGAUGGGGUUGCUGCCUUUUUCUUUUGCUCCGAGAUGCUGCAAGCUGUAGCCAUUCCCUUACUGCUUUAUCCAGCAUGUCCUGCAGCUACUGCUAGGGAUGGCACAGAAGCAACACCUAUAUUGUAUGUGAAUGUACACAGUUAGUGGGGCAGACAAAAGUCUGAAAAGCACCAUGCCAUCCUCUUUGUGGGAUGUUCUGUUGCUUUAGGAGUUUACCUUGCUAGGACAGCAAAGACUUAUUCCAGUCGCUUCACUUUUUUUUCCUAGCAAGUAGGUAUUAAGACAGAAAUUGCUCGAGAAAACAGGAGCGCUAGAAGGCAGUUUGUGGAGGGUUCAGCUCUGAGAGGCUAAGGGAUCAGGAAAAGUCACUACUGAAAAAUAAGACACUGCUCUCUUUCUAGUCCUGCAGUCAUGCUGCCUCAUCAGCUACUUUGACUGCUUUCCCAUUGUAUGAAAUGAAAUGGAAACCUCAAAACAUUCUUACCGAGGGCUUUUUGACAGAGAAAGAAUGUAAGGUUGCUUCUAGCCAAGAAUGGGUGUCACAGAGCUGACAGUCCCUGCAUCUGCGCAUUCUGGUUGCAAGCAGGGCAGGAGUGGCACAGAAAGCAGUGCUAUCAAAAGGCAGCUUGACCCUAUUGCAGGACUUGGUAUAUAGGCUGCCAGGAAAAUGGUGUCUCUCAUGCUUUUCAUACCUUUCCUUUUCCUUCACUCUCUUCUUGUUCUUUCCAGCAGAAACUUCCAGCUUCUUACAGGCUGAAUUCUCUUCCUUGUAUUUAAUUAGUUCAUAUUCAACACUGUGCUUUCUUGCCUGCUAUAACCAUGACACAUUUCCACCAUACCAACCAUAUUGCAGCUCUGAUAGUUUUACCUGCAUAACGUUUUUCUUCUGACAAUCCCACGCUUGACUUCCUGACUGACAGCUGCACCAACUUCUAGAGAAAGGUUUGUCUUCUGCACGCUGCCAAACCUUUCCACAGCACCAGCAACUCCUGUGACGCUGUAAAUAACUCCUUCUAAAGUAAACCAACAAUUUCACACUGACAAGUAUGUCUAACAUCAAUUUGUUUUUAUAUACCUGGUGGGCAGGUUGGUUUUUGGUUUUUUGCUUUUUUUUUUUUUUUCCUUAAGCACUUGUACCUUGAAUCAUGUUUUCCAUUACCUUAUGCUAUUUUCAGUGAAUUGCACACAAAUGGUUUCCAUGAGACCUUUCCAGCUUGAUAUCUGGGUCUUUGUACCACAUGAGCUGCUCUCAGUGUAUUGCAAGUAUUUUGUAUAUAACAUUUUUCCUGGUGUUUCUCCUUCAAUUGUAUUGAAAGUUAAAUAGUAAACUUUGUUUCCUUUCCUCAGUAAUAAAAGACAUCUGUUCUAAGUGCUGGGAAGUGGUACAGCCUCUCAAUUAUUCAAAUGAGCCCCAGCUACCAUUUCACCGUCACUAAAAAAUAUAGACUGUCUCACAUCAAGGUAGGUGAUAGAGCUGGCUAACAAAACUGUGUUACAGUAGCUAGAGCUGGUCUCAAGAUCCAGCCUUGUCUGGUGUGCUCAACAGCAAUGACAAAAUGGCAUUCGAGUUCCUGACUUGUAAAUUCAACAUACCUCAUUUUUGUCAGUCUGUUGGGGAUUAACUGAGCAUCAUAGCUAUGCUGGUAGACAUAGAGCCUGCAACAGGUCUUUCUUCUCCCUCCCCAAAAGGGAGUCUUCUCUGCAAAAAUAAAAUCCAGUGUAAGAUAUUCUUGCUGUAUCCCUCCUAUCUGUGUUCUCCACUGUCAGGGUAGCUGACUGAUAACUUCAUCAUGGUGCCUUUUCCUGGAAGGAACAUUUGGAUUUAAAAAUAAGCUCUGAACCAAUUCUUCACAUCCCAUUUUGGACAGUGGCUUCAAUUACAAGAAAUGAGGAAGUGCAGGGAGCUAACUUAGCAGGAAACAAAGCAAAAAAUGGCUGCUAAUCUUGAGCUGAACGCAGAUUAAGUCUCUGCUUCCCCUUGCUAGUGUGUAGCAUAAGGACAUCUAGCACUCCCUCCUUUCCUCACACGGAGAGGAAAUCCCACCUGCUAGCUUAGCUCUGACUAGUCUCCCAAGGAAGAACAUCCUCGUAUCAAUGGUCACAGACACAGGAGAAUUGGUAUUCUUUAGUCAUCACACCAAAUGGCCGCUAAAGAGGAAGAGGGAGCAAUGACAGCUAAACGUCAUCAAAACUGCUACAGAGAGAAAAUUAUAAGAGUAGGAAUGCAAGAGCAAAAAAAAGUGAUCAUAAAAGGUAAAACAUUACCGUAUAACUACGCUAGCAAAGAAAUAUGACUUGGAAAGGCCUACUGUUCUGAUAGUGUUUGAAGGGGCAGAGGGUAAUCAUACUACUGCCACCAGAACAUGCAGAGUUGAAAAUAUGGAAGAGUGUGAGACCUACCACAGUUCUCCUUAUUCAGAUCCUUUACU